AAUAAAUAUGAAGAUCACUGGCAAAUGAUAAUAAAUAAAUGAUAAAAAAGAGCUCGAAGUAUUUUUAUACUCUUUUUACGUACAAAAUAAUGACUAUAUUUUUUAAUUAUUUUAACAUAUCAGUCGGCCGGCUAGUUAUUGUCUUAUUUGAAUAAGCCAAUAGGUACCGUGAUAAACAAACUAAUAUGUAGAUAAGAAUAAAUCAAAGAUUAAUCAUAAUAAGUAUCUAUUUUUAUCUUUUAAUUUUUUAUCUUUUAAUUUUUGGUAUGUAUAAAUUCAGUGACCAUGAACUAUAAAUAGGCGGGUAUCGAAAUAUUGAACCUCAUGUUUUGAAUGAACUUAGGUACUACCUAUUUACUUUCGGAUAUUAUGCAGAUAGGUAAUUGGUGUUAAAAAAAUAUUAUAGGUGUAUUUCUCCCUCUAUUGUAAGUAUAUAGGAGCUACUAUUUCUGAAGGCAUCUCUAGUCUAUAUCUUUGUAUACCUAAUAUAUAAAUCGAAUAGGCUCCAGAACUGCUGAACCAAUUUGAAUUGUUUGUAUGUUUUAUCUGGGAACGGGAAGAAGUUUCCUCGAGACGCGGGCGAAACCGCGUGAACAGCUAGAAAUCUCUACUAUGGUUUCCUGCGUAUCUACAAAAGUGCCUAGAAAAACAGAAGCUAUCAUCAAAAGUGCAAACCUAAUAUUUGUAAUACAAUUCUAUCAAGGAAUCUCUAGGAAUCUAAGGAAAUGUAAUAAGUGGGUCAGCAAACAAUAUCCGAGCAUCGCCCUGAAAGUGGCCUUAUCGGCGCUAAUCAAAUAAUCCAGCCCUUAUGAAACUAUUGUCUUAACUUUAGUCAACAGUCUAUCAAAAACAUUUGAUGGCUCUUCACUUACUAUAAAACUAAUUUGAAGUACUGUUCGCAAUUAAAAAUAAAUUCUUCAUCAUCAAAUAAAAUGGUUUGUUCAUCGAUAUUCGUGUUGUGUUGCCUCGCGUUAGUGUGUUUUCCUCAAAUUGUUCUAGCAUUAGUUAAUUAUUCUAUGCCUCCGUAUUCUAAAUAUACUGCUUCGGAUAUACUGGAUGACGCGCGCUUAGACACGUUUUCGUUGAUAAAAAAAUAUGGAUAUCCAUGCGAAAUACAUCGCGUGUACACUGAAGAUAAGUAUAUUUUAGAGGUGCACAGGAUACCUGGCAAGACACCCAAUGCGCCGGUGGUCUUUCUCCAACACGGCUUGUUGUCGUCUUCAGCUGAAUGGGUGCUUAUGACCCCUGGUCGAGGACUUGCAUACAUCUUAGCAGAUGCUGGAUACGAUGUCUGGAUGGGCAACGCACGAGGGAAUACUUACUCCCGAAACCAUGCCUCUAUAAAACCUACAUCUUCCUCUUUCUGGAAGUUCAGCUGGCAUGAAAUAGGUUACUACGACCUUCCUGCCAUGAUCGAUUACGUCAUUAAAGAAACUGGACUUCCUAGGAUCCAGUACAUCGGCUUCUCUCAAGGGACUACAGCUUUCUGGGUUUUGAUGUCAACUAGGCCUGAAUAUAACAACAAAAUUAUUGCUAUGCAAGCUCUAGCACCUGUAGCAUACGUGGGGAAUAUUAAGAGUCCUCUGAUAAAAGCUAUAGCUCCGUUCACUAACUCUCUUGAAAUUGUAUUUAAACUAUUAGGGACUAACGAAAUUCUCCCCAAUGGCAAAAUAAAUGAACUUGCAGGACAGAGCUUGUGUAUUGAAGAAGCCAUCACCCAACCACUUUGUACAAACCUUUUGUUCCUUAUUUGUGGAUUUAAUUCAGAACAACUUAAUACGACAAUGCUGCCAGUUGUUAUGGGUCAUACUCCAGCCGGGGCUUCAACGAGACAACUCAUACACUUUGGUCAAUUGUACAAGUCAGGGAAAUUCGUACAAUUUGACCACGGUUGGCUUACAAACAAACGAAAAUAUGGAACCUACAAACCUCCGGCGUACGACCUGCAAAAUAUCAGGACUCCUGUUUUCCUACAUUACGCUGACAACGAUUGGUUAUCGACCCCUAAAGAUGUUAAAAAACUUGCAAAAGAAAUACCUACAGCAAUUGGUCUUUUCAGAGUACCUUUAUCUAAAUUCAAUCAUUUAGAUUUCGUCUUCGCCAUAAAUGCGACGGAGUUCAUAUACAACCGCUUAUUGAACAUAAUGGCACAAUUCAAAGACGAAGUAUGAACUAACACAUUAUAUUUCACGCCACUUAACACAUACAAAUACAAUUUUAUCUUGACAACGAUGUAUGUUUUCAUCUUCACCUGUUUAAACCUGCGAAAACAAAAUACCGAUUUUUUAUAAAUUUCGUCGCAAAAAUUCAAAUUAGUCAAGUAACGCACAUAUACUGUUAAGUACUUACAUGUACACUCGAAUUAUGAUUCAUGUAUUAAACGAAAGUCCUGCAAUAUAAAGCACGGUAUUAAUUCCGUUUUCAUACGAAAAUUGUACCUACUGAAAAUAUUUUGUCGUCAGACCAAGACCGUACUGUGGAAUUACUUGUCAUAAUGAUAAUAAGUAACCUAGUCUAGGUCAGUAGACGAUAAGGUUUGAAAAUCCUAUAAUAUUUUAAAUUAAUUCAUGCUUACUAUCUACAGGUGUGUCUAAAGAUAAAUAAUCAAAAUCUUACGCAACGUGAAUCAGUACUGGUAUCUGUGAUUGUGGAACACGAAGGCGCAGACUUGCUAGCAUUCACUUUAUGGAAUGAAGCAUUGAUUACAGACUUUUUUUCACGCAACUUUCUCUCAUAAGCUAUACCCAUUUCUCGUUUCACGAUAGCUCCAAAAGUGUUUUGCACUGAAAUGAUUAAUAAAAUAUUUCAACGUGAAAAGGGCUACACUGAAAAAGAUAGAAAUUCGAAUGGAAUUAGAAUGAUUGGGGUAGAAACAUAGAUGCUUCUGAAUUAAGCAAAGUAUCUAGGUAAGUUCCCUCAGGUUUCGAAAUAACUGCUAGCAAGUAUAUAUGCACUCUCCAAGUUUGUCAGCUGCAAACCAAACAGAAUAAUUUAAAUCGUCAUUAAAACACUUUGUUAGAUAUUAAGACUACCUUUAGUUAACAGCACAAUAGGAUCUUCUUUCCUACUACAGCAAUCGCUCUCUCGACUAAGUCGUACUCCUUUAUCUGGGUCGUUAGUUUUAUGUAAAACUUGUAACAGAGAAAUGUGUCUGUACGUCUGAAAAUUAAAACUUUGUAUGAAUACAUGAUUCAAUAAA